UUCACCAUGUCCGGCCGCGGUAAGGGUGGUAAAGGCUUGGGCAAGGGAGCUGCCAAGCGCAAUCGUAAAAUGUUUCGGGAUAAUAUCCAAGGUAUUACCAAGCCAGCUAUUUGUCGCUUGGCUCGACGCAGUGGGGUGAAGUGUAUUUCGGGGCUGAUCUACAAAGAGACCCGGGGAUUGCUGAAGGUGUUCUUGGAGAACGUGAUCCGCGAUGUUGUCACUUACACUGAACAUGCAAAGCGAAAGACUGUAAUGGUUACGGAUGUGGUUUAUGCCCUGAAGAGCCAGGGUCAUACUGUCUAUGGUUUUGGUGGCUAA